AUGUCUGGCUCCGCUGCUUUCUUCGAGGCCGUCAAGGCCCGCCGCUCGAUCUACACCAUCGGCUCCGAGUCCACCAUCCCUGACGAGAAGAUUGAGGAGAUCAUCGCGACCGCGGUCAAGCACGCGCCCUCCUCCUUCAACAUCCAGAGCAGUCGCGCUGUCCUCCUCCUCGGUGACGAGCACAAGAAGCUCUGGGAGAUCACCCUGAACGUGCUCAAGGGUAUCGUCCCCGCCGACCAGCUCCCCGCGACCGAGGGCAAGAUCAACGGCUGCUUCGCCGCCGGCCACGGCACCGUCCUCUUCUUCGAGGACCAGGACGGCGUCAAGGACCUCCAGACCCGCUUCCCCCUCUACCAGGACCGCUUCCCCACGUGGUCCGAGCACGCUAGCGGUAUCCUCCAGUACAUCAUCUGGACCGCGCUCGAGGCGGAGGGCCUCGGCGCCUCCCUGCAGCACUACAACCCUCUCAUCUCCGCGCAGGUCCUCGAUACCUGGAAGCUCCCCACGUCGUGGGUGCUCGUCGCGCAGCUGCCCUUCGGCAAGCCGACCGCGCCCGCUGGCGAGAAGACGUUCGAGCCCAUCGAGGGCAAGCGUUUCCUCACCUUCGGCAAGCAGUAG